CUUUGGUAAGAACACAUAUCUCAAUUGUAAACGAAAAACGUAGGAGUUUCUUAGCCAUGUUAGAAUGUUGCAUGAUGGGCAAGGAAAUUUCCGAGUUUCGGUGCUUAAAUCGGUUCAAAUAAGAAACAUUCAAGAUCAGCGAACUUUGCAUGCUUUAACAAUAGACGGAGCUCAAGAUUUAUGGAAGCGUCAACAACAGUUGCGAUAUGCAAUUUCACAAGGAAUACUCCAUGUCUUUUUGUCAAUUCAUCUUCCUCGUGUGAGUCUACCUGUUUAUAUUACCGAAUGUAGCGAAAACGCAAAUCACAUCUUUUACAUUGACGAGAAGGUGCGCCGCAAGGUCUUCCAUAAAUAUGGAAAUCCCUCUUCGUUUACUCUUCGAAGUUGGUGCUCAUCUAAUGCUGAGGGACCCUUUCAUUUGCACAAGGAAUGGAAUAUUCAAAGAGGACAGCGAGAUUUUAUGUGGAUAGGCAACGAUCCUAUAUCUGCUGUUUGUGAAAUGCGCAAUGGCCUAGUAUGUGAUUUUGCAGAUGGCGUGUAUGUUUACACGGAUCAGCAAAACGAUGAUUCCAAAGAGAGCCUUUCUAAAAGUAUGUCUGCAUUGUCCUUGGACCGGCAAAAAGAUGCAUAUUCAACGCAAACCUUACUGCGUAUUUUAAAUCUUUCCCAAUGCAUAGAUGAAUUUGAGCUCACACAAAAGAAAAUUCGCAAACGCUUAAUUACGGAAGAAAAUUUGGUUUUAAGACGUAGCCAUGGUUUAAAAUCUACGUAUAGUAAAAGACUCUUUUUCCUUUCUCAGUUGCAAAACCGACAAUCAAAAUAUUUAUUCGCGUUCCAUAAACUAAGAGAUGAUUUUGCAAAGAAGAAAGAACAAAUCGCACAUAAUCACUCGCAAUUGGAAACGCAUUACACAUUUAUGAAGCAGUUGGAUGAUCGUUACCAGGAAGCUUAUGCUCAAGUAAAGAUGCAGUGGGAAACAAACUUGCAAGUCCGGAUCCUAAUUGCUCACGCAACCCGAUCUCAUAUAAAAGAUUUGUGUACCGUUUAUCCUAUUCGAACUAUUGAUGAUCAGGUACCUUUAUUUACAAUCCGAAAUCUUCGAUUUUCUUUGGUACCUAAUUCAAUUCCCCCAGCUGAAUUGGCUGCUGCAUUAGGCUUCCUGGCUCAUUUGACAUUUGGUAUUUCUCGUUAUCUGGAGUACAAUUUUCCUUAUCCAGUCUCGCCAACAGGUUCGAGAUCAACGAUAGUAGAUCCUCUUUCUCCGGACUUAAUGAAUCGUUGCUUUCCUCUAUAUCCCGCUGCCAGGGCUCUCCAUGCAUUUGAACAUGCUCUUUACCUACUAAACCAAAACAUCGUAUCUCUUUUAGCUCAUUAUGGGUUACCUAAUGAUCAACCAUCGAAUAUAAUGACUAACUGUGAAAAGCUUGUACAGUUCGUUCUUUCUGGACAGCAUCUUUCUUUUGUUCAAGUUAUGUCUACUUGAAAAAAAAAAAUUUCUUGUCUCAUUAAAGGAAGCGGGUUUCUAUUCUUACUUAAUUUAGCCAGCUAUAUAUGUAUCCCUUUUAAUUUAUUACCUUCUUGUUCAUUUAUUCUUCCAUACUUAGAUUAAUAUAAAAGGCUACUACACAUACCAUAAG